AGGUGGGAGGUAAGGGGCGUGACCUCAAGUACGCGUGACAAUGUGGGAGGAUGGUCGGGCGCCAGGGGCGGAGCUGGACUCCGAGACUUGAGGAGACCGAAUGACUGGGGCGUGGCCGAGCAGCCAGGGGGCGGGGCUCGAGGACGGCCUCAGCUGUUCCCAGCUAGGCAGCGCCCCGCGCCGCACCGUGGCAGCUCAACUUCGGCUAACUUGGAGGGGAUCUGCAGGAGCCUCCAUUCACCCCCACAUCUGGGGUCACUUCCGCAGGCCAAGUUCAGAUGGGCUUUGUCGGGUGGCCCCACUGCCUGCUCCUUCCCUAACUGGGGGCUGAUGUCCCAGAAUCCUCAGGAAAAGAGCCAGGCCUACCCCCGCCGCCGCCCUGGGAGCCACACAGGUCGUAAGAGCCCCGAGGCCGUCGCAGCUGCAACCAUGUACACCUUCUUGCCUGACAGCUUCUCGCCUACCAAGCCCAAGCCGUCCAAAGAGCUGAAGCCGCUGCUGGGCUCCGCAGUGCUGGGGCUGCUGCUGGUGUUGGCCGCGGUGGUGGCCUGGUGCUAUUACAGCGCCUCUCUACGCAAGGCGGAACGCCUGCGCGCCGAGCUGCUGGACCUCAACCGCAGCGGCUUCUCCAUUCGCAACCAGAAGGGCGAGCAGGUCUUCCGCCUGGCCUUCCGCUCGGGCGCAUUGGACCUCGAUUCCUGCAGCCGCGAUGGCGCCCGGCUUGGCUGCUCUCGCACAGCGGAUGGGCGCCCGCUGCACUUCUUCAUCCAGACUGUGCGGCCCAAGGACACGGUCAUGUGCUACCGCGUGCGCUGGGAGGAGGCGGCGCCGGGGCGCGCGGUGGAGCACGCCAUGUUCCUGGGCGACGCGGGGGCGCACUGGUACGGCGGCGCGGAGAUGAAGACCCAGCACUGGCCCAUCCGCCUGGACGGCCAGCAGGAGCCUCAGCCCUUCGUCACCAGCGACGUCUACUCCUCCGACGCCGCAUUUGGAGGCAUCCUCGAGCGCUACUGGCUGUCGUCGCGCGCGGCUGCCAUCAAGGUCAACGACUCAGUGCCCUUCCACCUGGGCUGGAACAGCACGGAGCGCUCUCUGCGGCUGCAGGCACGCUACCACGACACGCCCUACAAGCCGCCCGCCGGCCGCGCUGCUGCACCCGAGCUCAGCUACCGCGUGUGCGUCGGCUCCGAUGUCACUUCCAUCCACAAGUACAUGGUGCGGCGCUAUUUCAACAAGCCAUCGAGGGUGCCAGCGCCUGAGGCCUUCCGGGACCCCAUCUGGUCCACGUGGGUGCUGUACGGGCGCUCAGUGGACCAGGACAAGGUGCAGCGUUUCGCUCAGCAGAUCCGCCAGCACCGCUUCAACAGCAGCCAUCUGGAAAUCGACGACAUGUACACGCCUGCCUAUGGCGACUUCGACUUCGAUGAGACCAAGUUUCCCAACGCCAGCGACAUGUUCCGCCGCCUGCGCGACGCUGGCUUUCGCGUCACACUCUGGGUGCACCCGUUUGUCAACUACAAUUCAUCGUGCUUUGGCGAAGGCGUGGAGCGCGAGCUGUUUGUGCGUGAACCCACGGGCCGGCUGCCUGCUCUCGUGCGCUGGUGGAAUGGCAUCGGCGCCGUGCUCGACUUCACGCGCCCGGAGGCCCGCGACUGGUUUCAGGGGCAUCUGCGGCAACUGCGUUCGCGCUACGCCGUGGCCUCCUUCAAGUUCGACGCUGGAGAGGUCAGCUAUUUGCCGCGGGAUUUCAGCACCUACAGGCCGCUGUCUGACCCCAACAUAUGGAGCCGGCGCUACACAGAGAUGGCGCUGCCCUUCUUCUCACUGGCCGAGGUCCGUGUGGGCUACCAGUCACAGAACAUCUCGUGCUUCUUCCGCCUGGUGGACCGUGACUCGGUGUGGGGCUACGAUCUGGGGCUGCGCUCGCUCAUCCCAGCCGUGCUCACUGUCAGCAUGCUGGGCUACCCGUUCAUCCUGCCCGAUAUGGUGGGUGGCAACGCGGUGUCUGAGCGCACAGUGAGUGGCGGCGAUGUGCCCGAGCGCGAGCUCUACGUGCGCUGGCUGGAAGUGGCCGCCUUCAUGCCAGCUAUGCAGUUCUCCGUUCCACCCUGGCGGUACGACGCCGAAGUGGUGGCCAUCGCGCACAAGUUCACUGCACUGAGGGCCUCACUCGUGGCGCCGCUGUUGCUUGAGCUGGCUGGUGAGGUCACUGACACGGGAGACCCCAUCGUGCGCCCCCUCUGGUGGAUCGCGCCCGGCGACGAGACGGCGCACCGCAUCGACUCACAGUUCCUUAUCGGAGACACGCUGCUUGUGGCGCCGGUACUGGAGCCAGGCAAGCAGGAGCGGGACGUCUACCUGCCCGCAGGCAAGUGGCGCAGCUAUAAGGGUGAGCUUUUCGACAAGACGCCAGUGCUACUCACGGACUACCCCGUUGACCUGGACGAGGUCGCCUACUUCAUCUGGGCAUCCUGACCCAGCCCAGGACCCAGAAACCCCAGAGCCCUAACCCCAGUCUUCAUGUAGGCCUCUAACCCUGCAUCGCAGCCACACCGGGUAUCCCCAGGAAGUCCCCACCUCUGUACCACCCACUAAGUGGGUACUGAAGUAAAUGUGCUGGAGCCAGCUCCUGUAGGUCCAGGGGAAAAGAUGCUAACGCAACCUCCCACUCCAGUGCACAAUUCUAACAGCCCUCUUUCUCUCCAUACUCACUCCAGUCUACAGAAACCUCUUCCCUGGGCUGGGGGCAAGAGAGCACAGAGGAAAAAGCUCAGCUCUCUUCCUGUUAAACACGGUUGGGUUUUAAAAGCACAGAGAGAAACCUCACCCUCCAUCCUGGCCUGAGUGGCCAUCUUUGUCCUUCUGAGGUGGUGACUUGAUCCUCUUUAAGGUCCCAAAAUAGCCCCCAGCCACACUUAGAAAGGGCACAUUUUCAGUGUUGGAAGCCAGGUCCUGAGUCCCCAGCACUGGCCUGACCUGUGGCUGACCUGGUCCCACCCCAGCUGGCGAGAAGAGACAGAGGUACUUGGCCAACUGACAAGGAGGCAGGAGGUCCCCUCCCAAAGGACAGGUGGAGUAGGCUUAGCACAGAGCCAUCAUCAUUGUCCCUCAUUUGUGAAGAGCUCCUAACACCGCACUUAUGCAUCUGUGUACACACAUGGUUCAGCCCUGGGCCAGGGCCACCGCCUGAUGGGCAAAGACUUGCAAAGCCAUGCAGGCCAGACUUGAUGCCUUAACUCAAGAAUGUGUGUGUGUGUGAGAGAGAGAGAGAGAAAGAGGGAGAGGGAGAGAGAGAGAGAGAGAGAGAGAGAGAGAGAGAGAGAGAGAGAGAGA